GUCAGCGCUGGAGCUGCCUUGCCUUGAUCUCCAUUUUGUAUGUUUUUCCUGGAGGUUAGCACCUACUUUCCCAGUGGCUAGCAGCGCAGCUCAGGCAGUGUGACAUUUUUGCAUGACUACUCACUGCAAAAUCGGACCCGGGAAACUGAAAAGCAGACAGAACACACCCAGAUUCACGAGUGCUGCUGUUUGGUGUAGUCAUGUAGCGACGAUACGACGAGUGGGGAAGUAACAGAAUCAGUCAGCGUGUUGUGAACUGCCACUUUCAACCAAAACAAUGUUGACUGAUGACCUGUGGACUCUUAUUAGCAGCCUGUCAUAUCAAGGAUGGAUCAAGGUGGAGUGAAGAAGAUAGCGUACAGAAGAAAUGACCAUCUAAGCAAACUGGUCUACACUGAAAGCCCUGAGGAGGGAGGUCUUCUAAAGGUGGCUCCUCACAGUGCCAUGUCCAUCACCUCUCCUCCUUCUGUCGUUCUUCCAUCCAGCCCAUUAAUGCAGCCUGGACAGGUGACCAACGGCCUCAGCAACAGCCCACUUCCAGAGGAGCUUGCCUCAGCCCCUGCCACGAUCGGUUCCUCGGUUGACAGUUCAGAAACCAGGGGCCUGACCAAAGAUCAGAGGCCUGAAGAGCUGCACUUGUUCCAGACGCAGACUUUCAACACCUUUGGGCAUCAGGUCCUGCCCCAGUUGGAUGCCAGCAUGGCAGACAUUACCCAGUCCUCCAUGGACUCCCUCAUCGGGGGGUCGGAUCCCAACCUAUUUGCUGUGAAAACGGAGGAUUUCUCCAUGGAUAAAGGCGAGCAGGACCCCAACGAUCUGGACCACGCCUUUGACCACAUCGGCAAAGACGUGGACAUGAACCAGAAACUGUUCAACGAAACCAGUCUGGAUCUCCUUCAGGAGUUUGACCUCACCGCAUCCCCCUCCGAUUUUUACGUGGGGGACGAUGACGCCUUCUUGUCCACGCUGGCAGACGAUUCUUUGCUCGCAGACGGGGCAACCGAGAGGGACGUGAAACCCUCCGUGGUCGAGAGCGUCGGCACCACCGGGGCGCUCGCCAGUGUUUGCAACAGCAGCAAGGCGUCAAGCCCACUUGAGUCCAAGUCCAAGUCUCCUUCUUUGACCCCUACAACCACUUUUCCCGCCGUGGUGAAGAAAGAAAAAGAUACCGGCUUCAUCCAGCUCUGCACACCGGGCGUGAUUAAGAAGGAGAAGACGUCUUCGGGGUAUUGUCAAAUGAGCGGCUCGAGCCCCAUCUCUAUCUGUGGGGUGAGCACGUCGGGGGGCCAGAGCUUCCACUUUGGAAUCAACGCCAGAAACAGCGACGCUCUGCAGGAGAAGGACCAGAAACCCGUGUCUGGCUUGUUCCUCCCAGUAACGACCAUCAGUGGAGCCUGGAACCGGAACCAGGGCGACAGCUCAGCGAUCCGCAGGGCCAGUGAGGUUUUCUCAAGCUCUUCCUCCUUCUCCUCCAGCUUUGCCAGGUAAAUAAAUGUUUGACUUAAUCCUGCAUAACCUUUAGAAGAUAAAAUAGUGAUAAUGUUAGUGUUUAACAGCAAGUCAUUACAGUACAUACAGAAAUUUUAGUUCUUCUCGUAGAAGAACUAAAAGUCAUUUUAGUCACUUUAGAUGAUAGUGACUAAAAUGAGGCCCAGUUGUGUCAAAGCAUAGCCCAGUAUGAGUAUGUCGCUGUAUAAUAAAGAGUUUAUGCAAACUCUUGAAACAUCUUUCCAUACAAGGUCUUAAAUUACCUCCACGGUCUUACAUUUGUAAAGUGAUUCAUUCAUUGUUUCUUCUGUUGACUUCUCUGUUUUAAUUAGUUUUUGGAGGAAAUAUCUUUGUUCUUUAUGCUUUAGCUCUGACCUGUAAUAUGGAUUGACAAUAAAUACAUUAUAUUUAGCCUUUUUUUUUUGUGCAAAAUUUU